UGAGAUAGAAAUAACGCAUGGUCAAUAAUAUAAUUUGGGAUACAUAUGUAUGUAUAUACGUGUGUGUGUGACUGUGUAUAUAUGUAUGUGUAUAUAUGUACCUCUUGUUGAGUAUUGCGUUGCAGUGAAAUCAUAAUAGUACGCCAAAUGUGAAACUGCAAUUUCUUCCUAGGUUUUAUGCUCUGUUCCUUUUUCCCCCAUUGAGAAUUUCAGAGACAUCGCCAUUGAUUCAGACAAAGAACAGAAGAAUUCCGUUACAUGUCUCUUUGUUUCCCCACAGAGACAGUUACCCCUUUUGGAUCGCAAACUCAGAUUCCAGAAUCUGAAACGAAAUGCGUGACUGAGGCGAUCCGUUUUUUGUUCUUUUCAGGAACUGGGCUUGGAAACUGUUCUUACGUUACGUGGAGACUGUUUCUGAAGAAACCCAUUUGGCAACAAUGGCGUAAUUUGCGGCAACCUUUUUGUCUGAUUGAAUUCUGACACUGUGGCCAUAUUAGCUUGUGGGAUUUGUCAUGUUUUAAGGGUAAAAAAUCGAGAAUUUUUGUGGUAAAUCCGUAAGGAAAUGUGGGUUUAUUGAUCAUCCUGCCUAAAACGUUCCUUAAUUUGUCUUACCGGGCUGUCUUUGUGUCACCAUUUAGUGGUAAUUUAGCAAGUAAGGUUGGUGGGAAUGGAGGAAGGGAACAAGGAGAAACUUGCAUCAGUCCCCAAUUUAAGAUCUAAUAACCAUUCUCGGGUCUUUUUCUCGAUUCGGGUUCUUCAAGUUUUCUUGCUAUUCCUUGUUUUGGCUCUUGGAAUCUCAAUCCUCAGUAUGAACAUGAUCAAGUACCUGAGAAUUCAGCAUUUGGCUCCCAUUGCUCCAACCACCUUCAUCACUUUCUACGAUGAGAGUGUUUCCUUGGAGAGUUUUGUAAGGCCUCCUUUCAAUCUCCGGCACUCCAUGAAUGACAGUGAGCUUCUAUGGCGUGCCUCGUUAGAGCCGCGUAUUAAGAAUUAUCCGUUUAAGAGGGUUCCGAAAAUGGCGUUCAUGUUUCUGACAAAGGGUCCUUUGCCAUUUGCUCCACUCUGGGAGAGGUUCUUCAAUGGACACCAGCCCCUUUACUCGAUAUAUGUUCACGCAUUGCCAAACUAUGAACAGGAUUUUCCCAGCUCAUCCGUUUUCUAUGGAAGAUAUAUCCCGAGUCAGGUUGUGGAAUGGGGAAAGAUGAGCAUGUGCGAUGCUGAAAGGAGGCUUCUGGCUAACGCCCUGCUCGAUAUAUCUAACGAGUGGUUUGUCCUGCUGUCUGAAGCAUGCAUUCCUCUUCACAACUUCAGUUUUAUCUACAAUCACAUAUCCAGUUCAAGAUACAGUUUCAUGGGUUCGGUUGAUGAGGAUGGACCUUACGGGAGAGGUAGAUACCACCGGGGAAUGGAACCCGAGGUCACUCUCAGCCAGUGGCGGAAAGGGUCUCAGUGGUUUGAAAUUAACCGGAAACUUGCCAUCGAGAUUGUCCAAGACACCACCUACUAUCCCAAAUUCAACGAUUUCUGCCGACCUCAUCAAUGCUACGUCGAUGAGCAUUACUUCCCCACAAUGCUGACUAUGAAAUAUCCUCGUCUUCUAGCGAACCGGACAUUGACUUGGACAGAUUGGACCCGAGGUGGUGCACAUCCUGCCACCUUUGGCAAAUCCGACAUAACAGGAGCUUUUAUCAGGAAGCUGCCUGAGUCUAUAGCCUGCCACUUCAACGAUCAGUCUUCUAAAGUCUGUUAUCUUUUUGCUAGAAAGUUUGCUCCAAGUGCAUUGGAGCCCCUACUCGAGAUUUCAGCGAGCGCGAUGGGAUUCUGAAAGAUUCUGCUUGUCGGGUUUUUGUUAACAAGUUCUCGCUGAAAGUGCUCGGAUUUAGAAUAUGGCCUCACUUAUCUUUGAUGCAACUGAUGGUUAGUCUACUUCUGCAUUGAAUUUUUUUACCGGUAUCAUGAUUUUGUAAGGCAAUUCGAGUGUAUAGAUAAGGGAAUAAAGGGUAUUUACCUAUCUUGUCAUAUGCUUAGUAUCCCAAACUGUAACUUGAAUUUCAAAGAAUGAUGAGAUCGUUUCUUACAAGUUUUGUUCUUCUUGUCUUCA